AUGCCGGCUCUGCCAGCACUGCUGCUGUCAAUACACUUCCUUUCCUUCCUGCUAGUCACCAUGCCUCCACGCUCCCUCAGUCAGGCCCCUUUGCUCUCCUCCGUUCGAAUGGCGGCAAUCCUGGAUGACCAGUCUGUGUGUGGGCGUGGGGAGCGUUUGGCGCUGGCCCUGGCCAGGGAGAACAUCAACAGCGUGAUGGAGGGUCCGUCCCGAGCCCGAGUGGAGGUGGACAUAUACGAGCUGCAAAAAGACUCCCAGUACGACACUACUGACACCAUGUGUCAGAUUCUACCCAAAGGCGUCGUUUCUGUGAUAGGUCCCGCCUCCAGCCCUGCCUCUGGCUCUACUGUCAGUCAUAUAUGUGGAGAGAAGGAGAUCCCUCAUGUGAAGAUUGGUCCGGAGGAAACUCCCCGAUUGCCAUACCUGCGUUUUGCCUCUGUCACUCUGUACCCUAGCAACGAGGACCUGAGCCUGGCCAUAGAAGCCAUCUUGCGCUCGUUCAGUUACCCCUCAGCCAGCCUGGUCUGUGCCAAGGCUGAGUGCCUGCUGAGAUUGGAGGAACUGGUCCGCCGCUUUCUCAUCUCUCGGGAGACGCUGUCAAUCAGGAUGCUGGAUGACAACCUGGACCCUACACCACUGCUGAAGGAGAUCCGUGAUGACAAAGUGGCCACCAUCAUCAUUGACGCUAACGCUUCUAUCUCUUAUCUCAUCCUCAAGAAGGCAUCAGAGCUGGGGAUGACAUCGGCAUUUUACAAGUACAUCCUCACCACCAUGGACUUCCCACUCCUGAGACUGGAUGAUAUAGUGGAUGAGCAGUCCAACAUUGUGGGUUUCUCCAUGUUUAACACCACCCAUCCCUUCUAUUUGGAGUUCAUCAGGAGCCUCAACCUGUCUUGGAGGGAGGGAUGUGACCUAACGUACCCCGGCCCUGCGCUCUCGUCAGCGCUGAUGUUUGAUGCGGUGCAUGUGGUGGUGGGGGCGGUAAGGGAAUUGAACCGCAGUCAGGAAAUCGGUGUGAAGCCACUCAGCUGCACCUCACCUCAGAUCUGGCAACACGGGACCAGUCUUAUGAACUACCUGCGCAUGGUGGAGUAUGAUGGUCUGACAGGCCGCGUGGAGUUUAACAGCAAAGGUCAGAGGACCAACUACACCCUGCGGAUCCUGGAGAAACACAGAGGAGGCCACAAAGAGAUCGGUGUCUGGUACUCCAACAACACCCUGGCAAUGAACUCCACUAGCUUGGAUAUCAAUGUCUCAGAGACUCUGGCAAACAAGACACUCAUUGUCACCACCAUACUGGAGAGCCCAUAUGUGAUGCGCAGAGACAACUACCAGGACUUCCAGGGCAACGACCAGUAUGAGGGCUUCUGUGUCGACAUGCUGAAGGAGCUCGCAGACAGCUUAAAAUUCUCCUUCAAGAUCAAGCUGGUGGAUGAUGGGCUGUAUGGAGCUCCAGAGCCCAAUGGCUCUUGGACUGGCAUGGUUGGAGAGCUCAUCAACAGGAAAGCAGACCUGGCCGUAGCAGGCUUCACCAUCACAUCAGAGAGAGAGAAGGUUAUCGACUUCUCUAAGCCGUUCAUGACCCUGGGGAUCAGCAUCUUGUACCGAGUUCAACUGAGUCGGAAGCCGGGAUACUUCUCCUUCCUCGAUCCCUUCUCUCCAGCUGUUUGGCUCUUCAUGCUGCUCGCCUACCUGGCUGUCAGCUGUGUGCUCUUCCUGGCUGCAAGGCUGAGCCCCUAUGAGUGGUACAACCCUCACCCGUGUCUGCGAGAUCGCAGGGACAUGGUGGAGAACCAGUACACGCUGGGAAACAGCCUGUGGUUCCCUAUUGGCGGCUUCAUGCAGCAGGGAUCAGAGAUAAUGCCCAGAGCCCUGUCCACCAGAUGUGUUAGUGGGGUGUGGUGGGCAUUCACCCUGAUCAUCAUCUCCUCCUACACGGCUAACUUGGCAGCCUUCCUGACCGUCCAGAGGAUGGAGGUUCCCAUCGAGUCUCCGGACGACUUGGCCGACCAGACCAACAUCGAGUAUGGCACCAUCCACGGAGGGAGCACCAUGACCUUCUUCAUGAACUCACGUUAUCAGACCUACCAGCGGAUGUGGAACUACAUGUACUCCAAGCAGCCCAGUGUAUUUGUGAAAAGCACAGAGGAGGGCAUCGCCCGUGUGGUCAACUCCAAGUACGCCUUUCUGAUGGAGAGCACCAUGAACGAGUACUACCGCGGCCGCAACUGUAAUCUCACAAAGAUAGGAGGCCUGCUGGAUACCAAGGGCUAUGGCAUUGGCAUGCCACUUGGGUCUCCGUUCAGAGAUGAGAUCACGCUGGCCAUCCUCCAGCUGCAGGAAAAUAACAGGCUGGAGAUACUGAAGAGGAGAUGGUGGGAGGGAGGCCGAUGCCCCAAAGAGGAGGACCACCGUGCAAAGGGUCUGGGCAUGGAGAACAUUGGGGGCAUCUUCGUGGUGCUGAUCUGUGGCCUCAUCAUUGCCGUGUUUGUGGCCAUUAUGGAGUUUGUGUGGUCGACACGGCGCUCUGCAGAGACAGAUGAGGUAUGCCCCCAUACCUGCCCUCGCCGACCCCACAGACACACCCCAGUGUCUGUCUGUCAGGAGAUGAUCACAGAGUUCCGAAACGCCGUCUCCUGUAAGAAGACCUCCCGUAUGCGCCGCCGUCGGCCCCUCAGCAGCUCAGCAGCCCUGCGUCAUCCCACACGCAUAGCUCUGGGGGCCCCUCGGCCCCUGCGCCUGGUCCGGGAAAUGCGCCUCAGCAACGGCAAGCUGUACAGCGGAGCUGGCCCGCUGACAGGUGGAGCUGGAGGUGGAGCAGGAGGGACGGGGCCUCCCGAUCUGGGCCCUGGGCCCCAACGGAUUCCAGAUGAUCCACUAGGGGCCAACACCACCCCUCCUCCACCAGCCCCUACCCCUGUGAUGCUGCCCGCCCGAAGCUGCACCCAUGUGCGGAUCUGCCAGGAGUGCCGGAGGAUCCAGAGCCUAAGAUCAGGAUCAACCACAACAAGAAUACCACCUUCAUCUGCACCCUUGCCGAGGCUACCCCCACCCCCACCCCCAUCCUCAUCCAACACAGACAGUGAGGGCGGAGGGGGGGCCAGCCCGCGGCGGCAUCACCACAGCCCCCCGCCUCAUACCUCCCGACCCAUUCCACCUCCACAGAACAGCAACACCACAGACCUACUGGGCGACCAGGACUGAGACCAGAUGCAAUGGGCAGAGUGAGAGGGCUGCAGGGAGCUGGUGAAGUGUGAGGAACAUUUGUGCUGUGGAGAGAAACACUGCUUGUUUCCACAGUUUAAAUUAAUCGGAGAACAAAAGAGGGAGAGAUGGAGGGACAAAACGUUGAACUCUGCGAGGUCAGCCAAUAGAAAAUGAGACGACCUUUCAAAAGAAGAAUAAAGGAGAGAAACAGUGACCCUUUCUCCAGUUGAGCUUGAGGCCUACAGACAGAACUGGCUACAAGCACGCUGUGAGAUGGUCGUCAGUUAAGCUUCUGUAAUCAUCUCUGGAAAACAGUUCAGUUUGGACAAAUCUGAGCGGAAAUGCACAUGACCAGAUGAUGGUUUCUAUUGGCCUCGUUUUUUUUCUCCUUACUCCCCCUCUCACUUCACCUUUAGAUUUGAGGGUUUUGGUUUUCUUCCACUGACAUUCCCUGGAAGUUUUCUACCCCUCUAGUAAAAUGAAGCCUUGUUGGAGGACAUACUGUUUCCGAAUGUGAUUAAAAACAGUAACUAAAAGACUUCCAGAGAAUUAUUCCUGUUUUCUUUUUCUUUUGUUGUCUUUUUGGUUUUGCUACCAUUGUUCUAAGUGGGAAUUACAGAGUUAAAUACAGACUAUGUGUGACAAUAUGGUGGAUUAUAACAUACUAAGAAACUUGACUGCAGCUAAUUGUGUCCUAGAGUUUUGUGUCCCUCCCUGCGUCCCAUAGCUGCUUUUUGGAUGUUAUCAGGGAAGGCAGAUGAAACAACUUCAAGACAACAUAAUGCAAACGGUAGCAGAGGAAACUGUCUGCCUUUCUUUACACUGUGUGUGUGUAUGUAAACGUGUGCUUCCUGUAAGUCUGUCUGUAACUACUUAAAGUGAGGAGAACCAUGUACCCAGCAACAGCACCCUUCUACAAAUGUUAGAUAAUCAGACAGCCACAAAAAGAGGAGGAAGAGCAAGAGGCUUUGAAAUGUGAAAUGAAUGUCCCUCGUUAUCCUGGGUACCACUUGCCAAGCCUUUAUUUCUUUUUCACCUGUGUUCACACAGCGUAGAAGAGAUAGAGAGACCGGGCGAGGCAGAGCCAGAGAGGCAAGAAAGAGAAGAUCCAAUAGAAAGAGGCAGAGAGUGAAAAGGACGCUACUGAAUUUGAAUGAGAAAUCCCUAACUGAACUACUUCCAUUAUUAGAUCUGUCCUGAUCUGUUAAUUCUGGGCAUCUUUUAAAGGGGCUUGUUAAUGCGCCAGCAAACUGUAGCUACAGCUUCUUCGCUUCUCUCUGUUUAACAGACAGACUUGGCCGUUCACAGUAGAGGCUCCCGCCAGAGUGAUAGCCUCAACACAGCCUUGUCAAUACAGUCUCAAGCUUUUGAUCGCCUAAUUACUCCCCUCGGUGACUGGGGACUCAUUCAGGAGGGUGUUGAACACAGGGAAACAUGCUGAUAAAUAGAUUGAGAAGAAAUACAUGUUUUUUUCACUCGGGCUGGGAUAGGAACCUGUUGUUAAUGUUACAGACCUAGGGCCCUAUUUUAACGAUCUGAAACGCAAGUAUGAAACGCAGAACGCAAGUAGCUUUGUGGGCGGAUCUUGGGCACUGUUGCUAUUAUACCGGCAGGAUAAAUGAGUCUU